AAAAGUAGAUUUCACCAGAUAUGAUUUCGAAGACUCACAAUUUUUUUCAUAUAUAACACACACAAAUAAGUGGGGGAGAAAAGGACGUGUGGUAUCAUAUAUACUUUGAUACGGACAGAUUGACCAUUAUAUGUGCAUUUUUCUCUUCUCUGCCAUUUUCAUGCUAAUGUGAGCUUUUCUUCAUCUGGGCCGUUGAGAAUUUCAUCCAAGAUGGCUAAAAAUGGUUUCUUUUCGAGAUUGGAGGAUGAUUUGUCCCAUGAAGUUCAUGUCUUAGCUGUGGAUGACAGUCUUGUUGAUAGGAAAGUCAUUGAGAGAUUGCUCAAAAUCACUUCUUGCAAAGUGACAGCAGUGGAUAGUGGGAGCAGAGCUUUGCAGUUUUUGGGAUUGGAUGAGAGUGAAAACUCUGUUAAUCUGGAUGGAUUAAAGGUAGAUCUGAUAAUCACAGAUUAUUGCAUGCCUGGAAUGACGGGCUAUGAGUUGCUGAAAAAGAUUAAGGGUUCAUCAACUUUUCGAGAAAUCCCAGUUGUAAUCAUGUCCUCUGAAAACGUUUUGACCAGAAUUGACAGAUGUUUGGAAGAAGGUGCUGAAGAUUUCAUAGUAAAGCCUGUGAAACUGGAUGAUGUCAAAAGACUUAAAAAGUGCAUGUUUGGAGAAGGCUUGAGGCUUAACAAGAGGAAACUAGAAGAGCAUUGUGAUGUUUCUGUAGACGAUGCAAUGUCAAGCCCGAUGCCCUCUCUGGACGACGUCUCAUCGAGCCCUUCGCCCCCAUCCGUUUCAUCACCGUGCUCCCCGAGAUCGUUCUCAUCCCUGCCUUCGAGCCCGACUUGGCCUACACCCCUCGACUCUCCGGCAAGGCGAUUCAAAGGCAGCAACGACAGCUGAGAAUGCGCGUAAAGGGGUAGUGUAGGACGAGCCGGAGCCGGAGCGCCCUCGUUGAUGUAAGGUUUUAUCCAGUUUUGUUCGGACCAACAUCACAAAGUCAGAGAGGGAAUGUUAGCACAGAGUUGAGAGAUCAUGAAACAGAUUGACUUUUGUGGUGGUGGUGAAGUGAAAUGUGGUUUGAGAUUAAGAAAAUGUUUGGUGACAGAUGCAUUGAAUAUAAUUUAUAAAUUGGGAUAUAGAUUGAUUUGA